ACACUUGAGUAAAAGGAUGUGUCUGUGAUGGAGGCUGCAUCGUCUCCUCUGCACUAUGCUAAGAAAGUAGAUGAUGCCAAAGUGAAUUCUGCAGAUAUGAGUCAAAAGGUGGCUGUGGAUGGGAGUGAAGAGAAAGCACACCUCCAUGACUGUGACACCACUGAUGUACAGGCACACCACACAGCUCAGGACAUCCCUGCAGAAAACCCUGUUGAGUCAAACCUGCAUAUGAACCCAGAAGACGGAGGAGUGUCCAGAUCAGUAUCCAUCAGCAGCCCAAGCGAUGUGGAGAAAGUCCAGCCACAGCCUCAGUGUGCACUGUUGCCACUUAACACGGAGUCUCACAUCAUUUACGAAGUCAAUCAGUCGUUCACAUCAAAAGGCAAGAGUCAAAUAAGCCUGAAAUCUACGAGUGUCCACACUGAAGCUGGCGAGGACUUGUGUGCCGCAAUCCUCUUGGCAUGUCUCUUCUGCCAUCCACUGGACUGCCUGCUGGCCACCAUGAGAGGAUGUAAUGACUGUGUGUGGUCGCUGUGCUCAUACCUGUGUGGCUGCAAACCUGCCAGCCUUCAGCCUCUCCUCGACGCCACGCACUACUGUGAUCUGUGCGGCUGUGUGGGCAUCCGCUGCCUCCUGUGCGACUGUCCCCUCUGUGACAUCUGCAUCCAAGCCACAGAGUGUCUGGACCUGGCUAUGGAGAUCUCUCAAAUGCUCUUCCACUAACACGGUCUGCUAAUAAAUGACCAAAUCCAGACCAGAAGCAUUGAGAAUCAUUUGAUUCAUUUAUUUUUUGAAAAUAUUAUGAAAGCCAACAAAAGUUAGGUUAAUGGUUAACAGUCAUGGCGCUGUACCAGGCUAAGACAUGAUUCAUAUCGUGGAUAUGGAUUAAAAAGCUGACCACAGGUGACCGGGAACAACGCAGUCAGUGAAACAGAGCUCUGGAGACGAGCUGUUUAUGGUUCAAAAAUAAAAAAGUACCCUAACUUUGCGAGUGAACAGCAGAGGGCACCUAAAUGUCAAAGCUCAUAGAAUAGUUUAACAGUGCCAAUAUCUUGAAGGUUAACAUACAUUACUUACUGUAUGUGAUAACUGCACACAUGCAAGUUCAUUUACUUUAAUGAGUGAAGCAUCGGACAAAUUUAAGAGAAUAUAAUUGCUUGCAUUGCAGGAUUUACACAACUAAUAGUGAUGAAAAAAACAGCCUAAACUGUCAGAAUGACUCAGUGAUCACGGACGUUAAUAAAGAGAAAGUCACUGACAACAGAGAGAGUGAAAAAACUAUGCUUCAGAUAAGAAACUACUUCUGUUUAAAGAUAUUAUUAAAUUGUUCUGCAUUGCUCAAACUGUGUUGCAUUUCUAUUUGACCAAGUGCAUGUAUUCAAAAAUAGGAUUUGUAAUGAGCAGCUACUGUGGAGGAAGACGAGCUGCAGCUCUGGAGCUUUGU